AUGCAUCCUCUUUCUCUCCUUUCUUAUGUUACUAUCCUUGGUAGCGUUGUAGCUGCUCCAGCGGGUGGGAUAGAUAUUGACACGACCUCUCUUGUAAAACGAGCCGAGUCGAUCCAUAUCGUGUGGUGCACCCCACUGCCAGGUGAAGGGUCGAAUUCAAUCCCACCGUUUUCAGCAGCUGUGUAUUGUCCGAAUGAUAGCGCCUGUCAACUGCCCACUAGCAAUAACGUGUGCAAAAUCGACCCUUCACAAUUAGGUGUGGGCGGACCAUUUAGUUGCAAAUUCCCUAGCGGGGUCACUUUUACGUGGAAUCUUAGCUAUGAGGCCGGUACGGCACCGAAGUAUUCGCAGGUUGGAGGAGGAACUAAUGGCUUUAAAAAAUUCACUGGGUAUAAGGACGACGGGCAUUCAUUUUGCAGCAUCGGCUCUUAUAGCUGCGUGACUAAUUAUUAUUUUCUUUGA